AUUGUCCAUUUCCGUGCCAUCUGUUCGUCGAGGAGGACACUAAGGGGGAUCGGAAGUCCAACACCUGUCGAAUUCGCAGAUCUAUAUAAACCGAAGAGCACCGAAUUUGAGAAGAUGGGAUCGAUUAUGAGCUCGAUGAAGAGGGAGGAUAUUGAUAGGGCUUUGGCCGAGGCCAAGGAGAUUGUUUCUUCCAAUCCUGUUGUGGUUUUCAGUAAAACAUACUGUGGAUUUUGCAACAGGGUGAAGCAGCUGUUGUCCCAACUCGAAGCCAAAUACAAACUCAUAGAACUCGAUGAAGAAAGCGAUGGCAAUGUAAUUCAGACGGCUCUGGCAGAGUGGACAGGACAGAGGACUGUCCCAAAUGUGUUCAUUAAUGGGAAACACAUCGGCGGCUGCGAUGCUGUGAUGGCGAAACAUCAACAGGGGCAGCUUGUUACAUUACUAAUGGAAGCUGGUGCGACUCCGCAGAAACAAUCCACCUGAUUUACAGGCUAUUAGGUUCGGUUGGGAGUUUAUUCAAGACAUAUCCGAAGAAAACCGGCAUGUUAUAAAAAAUAAAAAAAAAUGUUCCAGCAGGGUGUUUCAUCUUUUACCUUAGAAGACAACGGUGUGUUUGUUUUAUUUUUUAUUUUAAGUUUGUUUGAUUGUUUUUUAUUUGAAUAAUAAUUUGGACAUAAUAUUUUAUAAAAA